AUGUAUCUGUGCGGAUCAGUGGUGUACAAGGAUGCGGAAGUACUCUCAUUGAACUGUUUUGCGUGCAUUUCUCAUCUUUCCCUCUCGUCUCCAUACUUAGGUUCGGGGCGAUGUGCGGUUCGUCGUAGCUGGUUGUGGGUGUGUGCCGAUAUCGUCGCCCCGAGACGAUGGCCUCCACUGCCACUGCCUCCGCUGCCGUCACCGUGGCUGAACUGCUUGAGCAGGUUUAUUGAUUGGUACGAAACACUCAGUUACGAGCCACUGGUGGGUCGCAGGAAGCGCUCAUCGCUGGAUGGCUCCUACACACCCCUUCAUCUUCGAUUCACUUCUCACAACAGGUCAUUCCACUUAAUUCUUCGCUCACUGGACGAAAAUUCUGAUGUAUUCAGCGAUAGCUUUGUUUUUGAUGUCGACGGACGACAUGAGCAUGUACCGGUGAAAGAUUUCGUUGUGCAUGGCCAUGACAAAAAUGAUCCGCAUUCCACGCUGUACGGUUCGUUUCGCGACGGAAUAUUCGAGGGCCACAUCAUUUACGGUGAUGGCGAAUCGUACACUGUCGACAGAGUGGACCGGUAUUUACAUUGGAAUCGUAGGCCCAAACAUUUCCAUUCCAUUAUUUACUCAGGUUCGUGA